AUGGGUCCUCAAAGGAUGUGGGGAAUGGGAGAAAAGAGAGAUCUGGAAAAAGAUAUUAAAUGGAAUGAAUCAUCAUUAUCUUAUCUUAAUCCUCGAACUAAACAAUGUGAACCGGAAGUUCAAAAGAUAAUUCAUUUACAAAGUUUAGCGAAUCAAUUGCCAGACUCGUUUGCUGCCCAAAAAAGAGUGACCAAGUCACAUAUUCCAUUUGUAAAUGCUCCAUUUAAAAUAGAUGUCCCAGAAGGACAAAAUAAAUUUGCUAAUGAGUCUAAACCACGUCAGAAACGUGGAAGACCAAUAGAUUCCAAAGAUAAGAAUCAUCGGAAAAGAAAAGGAGCAUUGAUUGAUGAUGGUCAAAUUGAAGAAACAUUUUUCGAAGGAUCUACAGAAGAGACUUAG